CGAGAAUAAGAUACCGGCCGGUAUGACCAGCGCCAGGCCACCGGGAGCGCGCCGGCCCAUGAAGAAGCGCGAUGGCCGGCGCGCAGACGGCCUCGGCCUCGUGCCGCAGUGGGACGCUUCGUCGCCGACGGUGCUCUUUCCGUCCAUCUCGACACCACGCAAGGCCGAGUCGCCGCGCUGCUCGUCGUCGCAGCGACCGCGCUUGACCGUGACGCCACGCGCCGCCGACGCGCGCCAGCCAUAUACACUGAGCAUGCAGCACCUAAAGCGUCCGCUACCGCAGCGGCCGGCAAGCCAAGGCGCAGCGUCGCCGCAGCCAUUGGGCUUGAGUCGCGACGAGACGGCCAAGUACCAGUUCCUGCCGCGGAAGCCCACGACGCUGGCGAGCCCGCCAAGCACACCGCGCACGCGAAGCCGCCAAACGCCGUGGCCGGCGCAAGAGACAUGGGUGCCGUCGCUCGUCGUGCGGGUCGAUGCUGUCGUCGAGACCAUUGAAGCGUGCGCUCAACCCACCGAGACGUGUGGCGAGACAAGCCACGAAGGCGUGUUGCGCCUCUUCCUCGAAGACUGGCUCGAGCGCUUCGAGUCGGAAGACAUCAACUACCGCUCGAUCGUCGUGCACGCUCAAGUCGGGUUUACCGAAAUCCAGCGGCUCACGCAUCACAUGAGCCGACCCAACGACGUCAUGACCGCCUUUUGCUGCAUGCUUCUGGACCGGCUGGCGCGCUACUUUGGUCCGUACGAAGGCCUCGUCACGCUUUUGAGCAGCGAAGUGCAGCGCACCAUCUACGUUCGCCUCUCGAUGGGGCGCAAGCUCUUUCACGAGACGACGUACUUUACAGCUGUGAAACAAGCGCAGUGCGACGUGAAGAGCCGCAUCAGCCGGCGGCUGCGCUGCAUGACGCGCAACUCGUUUCUUGAAAAGGAGCUCGUGCUCGCGCAGCAAACGCUCGAGUCGGCGCUGCAAGAUUGGAGCGACGAGGUCGUCAAAUCGUGCUUGUACGCGUGGUACGAGGCGUGCGUUGUGCGGAAGAAGGUGCUGGCCAAGAACUUACGCUGGUUUUCCAUGUGGUCUUCGGGCUCACCGCGCACGCUGAUGGCAUCGACGUUCGAGGACUGGCGGCGCUUCGUCCUCGUGAGCUCGAGUCUUCGCAUUGCGCAAAAGCUCCAGGAAGAUUGCGACAAGGUCGCCAUUGCUCAAAAAAACGUGACCGAGCUCUCCGAGACCAACGUCGCACUCCAAGACGAGUACGACCGCUUGCGCGAAGAGAACCGGCUCCUCGUCGAGUCGACUCAAGCGCUCACAACGAACAUCGAGCAUGCCAAGGUCUUUCUCAAGACGACGCCGUCGCGCGAAGAAGGCGUGUGUUUUGACGGACAGCUGCGCAUGGAAGUCGUGUCGGAAAUUGCCCACUACGUCUUGGAGUCGCUUUUACGGCUGCAGUACAACACGGGGUUCCACCAACCCCAAUUGUUUUCGGUGACUCCGGACGAGUCUUGCCUCGAGGAGCUCGCGGCCUUUGCCCUCGCCAAGGCGCAGGUGACCGAGUUUCCGACGGUCCGCGACAUGACGGGCGAUGACAUGCUUGCACUCGUUGCCGGCAUCCACCACGCGUGCACCGACCGCGUCAACAACCUCGUGUUUUGCUCGAUGCAGCCGUUGACGCCGUCGACGGUGGACGCGAUGUACGGGAUGGUUCGCGACUGGCAGCGACAACUCGAGCACUAUGCGGCGAUGUCGACGCUAUUUUAUGCGCGGCAUUUUGAAGACCACGAGGCGUCCGUGGCGCCGCCGUCGCAAGCGGCAGUCGCCAAAAUGCGGACGUCACAGGCCCAAUCGAGGCCCGUCUUGGCCGGCGUGGCGGCGGCGCACGCCGAGUCGCAGUUCACGCAGCUCCAAACCAUUGUACCUGACGACGUCAAGACGGACUUUGGAUUGCAUUGGCGGUACCUCGUGCUUGGCCGCCUCUUUAUCGAGCUCAGCGCCCUCGUCUUUGACCCGUGCGAGAUGAACCCAUACUUCCGGAGCCCUUGCAUUUCGCUUGCGAUUCGCGACGCCGAGGUCGCUCGCCUCGCCCAGCUCGAGACCGAGCCCGAGCUGCCACCGUUGAAGCGACGCGUCACCGACGAGCGGACACAAGGGCCCAAGGCACUGCCUGCGCUGGCCGCCGACUGCAUCGUCGACAGCUACCGGAUAUGGCGCGACAUCUGUGCCGCCCUCGUGGCCGGUGGUGUCGUGCAGAGUGCGUCCGAGCUGCACCAGGACACGAGCGAGGUCGUGCUACCGUCCUCCGAGAAACGCGCCUCGAAGAAGAUCUCGAUCUCGACGCUGAACCACAUGCCAACGAUACGCCUGCCGAAGCGUCUGCCCCAAGCCGACCACUGCGAACCCGAACCCACGAGCAUCUACAUCACGGGGUCGUCCGUUGCGAGCAAGAAAGUUGGCGAUUUCGUCUCGGCCAAGCUCCGCGUCGUGCCCAAGGAGCCCGUGCGCGACCUCAAUCGCACUCUUACCACGCUGCACGCGACGCUCGUGGCCAUACAAAGCAAGGGCCGAGCGGUCCGAGCCAUGCACAACGCUGUGCCCCACGCGCGGGCCUUGAAUUGGAGGCACGCGUGCAACCUCGUCACGCACAAGGAGGUCGCCAAGCUGGCCUUGCGCCGGACGACCGUGCAGGUCGUUCUCGACGCCCGGCCGAGCUUGCACACGGUAAUUGGCUGGGAGACACCUGGGAUUGCGGCGCUGCUGCAAGACGAGGCGGAGCCGUCGCCCGAGAUGGUCUCUGUGCGUGAGCUCUUUCAAGAGCACGAGAGAGCCUUUCGCGCCAUGUACACGAAACCCAGCAGCGACAUGUCCCACGCACUCUCGCUCGACGAGCUCUGGCGCGUUCUCAAGCGCAUGCGCAUUGCAACCAAAGUCGUCUCCAUCCCCAAGGACGACACGACGCAACACAUCCCGGUGGUCGACUUGGCCGAAAUCGUCCUCCGCAUCUGCAACGAGCAGUUUGGCGAGCUCUAUCGUCUCUCGCGGCGCGUCGAGCGGUUCAUUGCACUGCAUUUGUGCCACGCUGUCGAGGUGCCGUCGCCGCUUCGGGACAUUGCGUCGACCCCGCACGUCCGCAUGACGCUGGCGGACCACAAGGAGGUCCUCCUAAGCAUCUUCAAGUCGUACGCUGUCAAGCCGAAAGGCAAGGACAAAGGCGUGGUGCCGCAGCACCUGACGAAGCGCGAGUGGUCGCUCCUCCUUCGCGAUUACGGACUCUUGACGCAGCGCUUCUCGAUCGAGCUGGCGAAUGCUCUCUUUCUCAACGUGCAAGACGGCGCGUUGGACGAAGAAGAGACGUCAAAUAACAUGCUCUACUCGGAGUUUUGCGAAGCAGUCGUCGGCCUCGCAGGCUACGCGCUGCCCGACCCGUUCAUCGACUGGCCCGUCAAAACCGCGCUCUUCAUCAAGCGCUGCUUCAUCGACAAACCGCCCGGGAAGGCGUCGUAGACAUAGAGUUGUAACCUACAAGGCGGCGGUCUCCUUGC